UUCUUCCUAGCCAGGUAAUUUCAACUGGACUUCCAUCAAAUAUUUGUUGAUUCAGCGAAAUCUCAAAUUAGACUCGUUUCAAAGUUGUCACACUAUCGUGUUUCUGCCACCUAAAGAUAUAUAGAGGAAAUGCUUAUGUCCACAUUGGUCAGAACUUAAACUCAUCUCAACCCCAAAGAACUCCCAAAAUUUAACAAAGCCGUAUCCAUAUUUCGGUGGACAAUAAAAGUGAUAUGUGAUUGUCAACAACAUGCAAGUUUACAAAUGUUUAACUAAAGCCACUAUGUACAUUGAACAAUUGAUAACGUUUCCAUUAUCGCAGUGAACUACAUGGAAAUUACUGAGCUCAGCCCCCAAUUCUGGUUGAGUCGUUUUCCAUCAUUUCAACGAAAUGGAAGUAUUUGGUGAAAUAAGUUCCGAGGAAGUAAAUUCACUAGUGAAGCGUUACUGUGAUGAUAAAUCCCGGUCACUGGAUGACUUCAAAAUCGAAAGCUACAUUGUUCGCACCUCGGGCGACAAUCCUCAAGGAUUUCUUGGCGUACACUACUUCCUGGAGAUAAAUCUUUGUGAAAUAUCGGACCCCCCAGAUGGGCGAGUCAAAUUGAAAUAUUUUGUGAAAAAGGUGCCAAAGAGUGUAGAUUCAUUCAUUCAAUAUAUAGAUGACCUUGAAGUCUUCAAAAAAGAAUGCAGCCUUUUCAAAGAAGUCCUUCCUCAACUAUUGAAUGUUAAUUCAGAAUAUGGAAAAUUUUGUCCGGAAUGCUACCAUGUGGACAUGAACCUAGUGAUAUUGGAGGACUUAGCGGAUCAGAAAUUUCAGAUAAGGUCGUCACCUGGUCAACUACUGGAUUAUCCAUAUCUUUUGUGUGCUAUGAAGGCACUGGCUAAUAUGCAUUCAGCAUCCGUUGUCCUUGAACGAAAAUUACAGAGUCGAUUGAUAGACUUGUACCCUACUUACCUUAUAGAAAAUGCAUUCCCUGACUGGGAUGCAAACAGUCCCCGAAGCAACUCCCUUUUAAACGCACUCAAGGUCAUUUGCUCGCUGAUUGAAAUAAUUCCCAAAUACAAGGACUCACCUGAGUUACCUAAAAUUGUGGAAACAUACCAAAAAAGAUUCCGACAAAUGCCGGAGUUUGCACGAACAUCAGCGCGGUUUCGCAACGUUUUUCUUCACGGAGACCUUUGGGCGAAUAAUCUCAUGUUCAAAUAUGACAGCCAAGGUUCCCCCAUUGAAUGUAAAUUAGUCGAUUUCCAACUAAGUCGGUACGGCCCACCCGCCCUGGAUAUCGUCACUUUACUGAACGUCACCACGACUAGUGCCUUUCGCAAGGACUAUUUUGAUGUCCUUCUCGAAAAUUACUAUCAGUUUUUCGAUGACUUUCUCAAUGCACAUGAUAUGAACGUAAAUGAUUUGUUCACGAAGGUAGAAUUUAAAGAAAGUAUUAAUUAUUAUAGAAUAUUUGGAUCAUUGAUAAGCUGCUUUUUAUCACAUGAAACUUUACUGCCUAGUGAAAUAAAAGAUAGUUUAUAUACAAAUUCGGAGAUAUUCAAAGAAUUCUCUACUGGAGAUCGUGGUAAAUUCUGCAGAAGAGCUUUUGAAGUCGAUCCUCUUUAUAGGGAAAGGAUGUCGGACAUGAUAAUGGACAUGGUAGAUAACUUUAUUUUAACAGAGCACUGUGAAGUAGCUAUUAGUAGUUAAAAAUUAAAUAAAUCGAAAUACAAAGUAA